AUGGCGGCCAAGAAGCCCAACAUCCUCUACAUCAUGGCCGACCAGAUGGCCGCGCCACUCCUGUCGAUGCACGAUCCCAGCUCGCGCAUCAAGACGCCCAACCUCGACCGGCUCUCCAAGGAGGGCGUCACCUUUGACAGCGCCUACUGCAACUCGCCGCUGUGUGCGCCCUCGCGCUUUGUCAUGGUGACGGGCCAGCUGCCGAGCAAAAUCGGCGCCUUUGACAACGCGGCCGACUUGCCCGCCGACAUCCCCACAUACGCCCACUAUCUUCGCCGCGAGGGCUACCACACUGCGCUCGCCGGCAAGAUGCAUUUCUGUGGGCCGGACCAGCUGCAUGGGUACGAGCAGCGCUUGACCAGCGACAUCUACCCGGGCGACUAUGGCUGGUCGGUCAACUGGGACGAGCCGGAGGUCCGCCCCGACUACUACCACAACAUGUCCUCUGUCAUGGACGCCGGCCCUGUCGUGCGCACCAACCAGCUCGACUACGACGAAGAGGUCGUCUACAAGUCGACCCAGUACCUGUACGACCACGUGCGCCACCGCGGCGACCAGCCCUUCUGCCUGACCGUGUCCAUGACCCAUCCGCACGACCCGUAUGCCAUGACCAAGGAGUUCUGGGACCUGUACGAGGACGUCGACAUUCCGCUGCCCAAGACAUCUGCUUUUGCCCACGACGAGCAGGACCCGCACUCGCAGCGUGUGCUCAAGUGCAUCGAUCUCUGGGGUAAGGACAUGCCCGAAGACCGUAUCAAGGCUGCCCGCCGCGCCUACUACGCCGCCUGCACCUACGUCGACACCAAUGUGGGCAAAUUGUUGAAGGCACUUGACAACUGCGGCCUCACCGAUGAUACCAUCAUUGUCUUCACCGGCGACCACGGCGACAUGCUGGGCGAGCGCGGUUUGUGGUACAAGAUGGUCUGGUACGAGAACUCGGCUCGCGUGCCGUUUAUUGUGCACGCCCCGAAGCGUUUCGAGGCCAAGCGCGUCAAGGAAAAUGUGUCGACCAUGGAUAUUCUUCCGACAUUUGCUGGCCUGGUGGGCGCCCAGCUGGAGCCGACUCUGCCUAUGGACGGCGUCUCGUUGGUGCCAUAUCUGACUGGCGGCGAAGGCCUCAAGACCGACACCGUGUUUGGCGAGUACAUGGCCGAGGGCACUCUGACUCCGGUCAUUAUGAUCCGUCGCGGAAAGUGGAAGUUUAUCUACUCGUUGAUGGACCCGCCCAUGCUGUACGACCUUGAGGCUGAUCCGCUGGAGAGACACAACCUGGUGGCGGGGCUGCCCAUGCCGAACUUGAACAAGAACGUCGUGACCAAAGCCGCCGCCUCUUCGGUCAAUGGUGCUCUGGGUAUUCCCACUCCGGCCGAGACUCCUGGCGCUGUCUCGUUUGUGUCCACUGAAAAGUCGUUCUUCCCCAAGAUCCCUGCGCAGGUGGGCAACAACCCUACUCCACCGCGCACUCCGAGCCCGGCGCUGGCCAACGACCUGCCCCCGAGCACCGACCCGACGACUCUGCUGGCCCAUUUCACCGAGGAAGUCAACACUCGCUGGGACCUCAAAGCCGUUCACGAGGACGUGGUGCGCUCGCAACGCCGUCGCCGCGUGGUGUACUCUGCGCUGAUCAAGGGCGUUCCCACCAUCUGGGACUAUGAGCCUCGCGUCGACCCGAGCACUCAGUAUGUGCGCAACCAGAGCAAGGGAGCAUUGGACGACGUCGAGUUUCUCUCUCGCUGGCCGCGCGUGGCCGGUAGCGGUCACUAG